AGUCGCAAAAGUGGGUUUGCGACUGAUGAGCAGUCGCUGGUUGUUAGUCGCUGAAACCCUUGUCACAAAAUACUUUUGGCGACGACUACUAUUAUUGUAGCUAAUUUUUUGCGACUAACAUUAACGACUUCGCUGCGACUGAUGGCCUGUGACAUAUAUCAGAAGCUUGCGACUAUAAACAAUUUUGGUUAAAGAAUAAAUCAUAUGCCGUAUUGAUUUUAAUUUGGUCGGUUCGGAUUGAGUUAUAUUAGGUCUAUUGCCAAUAGGUUCAGUUAGGUACAUCGGGUCAAAAUCGGAAUUUGUACAAUUCAGAUCAAGUGAUUUAUCGCGUAGAAUUUGGUGUUCAAAUUGAGUAAAUUAGGACGAGUAAUCGAAUACGAGUCCGUUUUACCAGACCGAGACACUUAUACAGAGUACUUUAUCGGCCAAAUAAAGAUAUUGGAGUAUUAAUUUGGGGAUUAAGAAUAAGAAAAGACCAACACGUAUCCACAUACCCCAUCCAAUCACUCCCAAAUUACAGCCCAUCAACACAAACAUCUUUCUCUGUCUUUCUACACAAACAAAGCUUAACCUCUCCCCCACCCUCCCACCCCCCACCACACACAUCCCCCCUUUCUCUCCUUGUAUAAGAAUUAAUAAUCACCCAAACAACCCCUUACUUCCUCUCUCUCCUUCUCUCUCUCUCUCUCCUCAAUCUCUCCUUUAUCUCUCAUCUAUUUUCUUGUGUGUUUCAGAUUGUUGCGUUCUGCAGGUGGGCGUACUGUUCGAUUUAACAUUCAAUUCCUUGUUUUCUGCAUGUCGAUAUAAUCAUACCUUUUUUUUUCUUUUCUUUUUUUUGUUUUCCUUUAAAUCUAAUAAUUUUCACACACCCAACAAAAAAAAGUACAAAUAAAACCCUAAAAUGUUUUCCUUAAAUGUGAAAAAACCCUGGAAAUUAGUACAGUUUGCAGAUCUGAAAGACUGAAAAAAGGCUUGUUUGUGGAAAAAUCGGGUCUGAUUUGUUUCCAAAUUUAGUAAAAUUUAGUCAUAGAUUUUAUUGGGUUGGAGGAGUGAGAAAUUGACAGAAGAGAGUGAGCACCGAAAGGCAGAAAUGGUAUUAGCCAGAAUGAAUUGAGGAAUUGUAAGAGAGAGAAAGUGAAGGUAGCUAGAGAGAAGUUGAAUACUAUUCCUUUUUUGUGCUCACUACUCUUUCUGUCAUCUUCCCUUCCAACUCCAACCCCACCUCUUCUUUUAUUAAUUACUCCGUAUCGGUUAUGAUUUAUGCAUCCCUACCCAUUCCAUUAUUUUCAUAUUUUGGUCAAUCGAUACCAAUAAUCGAUAUCAAUAAAGUCUUGGUCUAGUGCUAUCAUCAACUACAAAUUGAUACAUUACCAGGACGCCGAUAAGGCGAUAAUUGGCGGCGGAAUUGACCUGUUAUCGAUAAUUGUCAAGCUAGGAUGAAUUAAUAUUCGCUGAUUUGAAAACAUUUGAAGCUGAGCAACAUUUUGCAAACACCUGAAUGCUACUUCAAAUAUUUGGCCCUUAGAGUGCUAAUCGCUUCAGCAGAUCGAGGAAUAAUCGUCUUUCAUGCUUUGGAGGUCAUGAUAUAUGUUCGUGUGAAAUGUGCCAUUUGGUUAGUUUCUUUGUUAUUCUAAUAUUAUCUCUAACGAGGCAGCAAUAAUGAUUUUACCCAAUUAGUGCAUGGUCUUGUUUUUUGCAAGUUAUUAGGAUAAACUUGGUUAAACUUGUUUCCUCUGCCUGACAUCCACGGGUACGUUCUUUUUUCUUGGUACUGGUUAAUAAAUAAUAAGAUCGAGCUUUAUGUCUUUAUCUUAGUAUUCUCUUAUUAUUGAUCUGAAUUGAAACUGUUCAAGAAAAGUAUUACGUGUUAGAGAUGUCAGGAAGCGAGAAAAGUUAUUAACAUGAUCUCAUUAUUCUUAAAUCUACCUUGUUAGUCGUUAAACGUGGCAAUCAAUGCAAGCUUAGGAGUGUUCAUACAGGCCUAAACUCCAUUACUAGGAAUUUUGGUUCUUUAUGCAGGUUGCUUAUUGCUUUCAACACAAGUAUUUUCAAUAAAAAAGGGCAAAUUUGUCAAAAACUACUCAUAAAAUUGAGUGUUUGCGAGAAACUACCUUAUAAAAAAAUGUUGUAAUUAAUUACCUUAUAAAAAAAUAUGUUGUACUACGUACCUUUUGUUGGAUUAGGAACGUAAACUAAAAAUGUUGGGUUGACUUUACUAUGUGUAUUCACGUGAAAUCACAUGGGAAACGGGUAAUUAAAUGACACGUGAGAUGUAAAUCAUAAAGUCAACCUACCAAUUUUGAGUCAACGUUCAUAAUUCGGCCAAAGAUAAUACUUCGUAUAUUACAACAUAAUUUUUUAUAAGGUAGUUAAUUACAACAUAUUUCAUAAGGUAGUUUCUCGCAAAAAUAAUUUGAUAGUUUUUGACAAAUUUCUCAGAAAAUGUCGGAUAAAACUACAAAAUAGCUGGAGGUUUUCAUUCUUCAAAAAUUCUUGUUGGUAUAUUCUCUAGUGCUAUAAAAGAGUGUUAUGUUAUAUUUUCUUUUCUUGUGAAUUACAUAUUUCUGGUUCCUAGUACCCUAAGGUGUAUUUAAAAUUACUCGAAACACACAACGCAAUGAAAAAGAUCUAUAGUAAUACCUAGUGUGCAUUUUUAAUUACUCAAAGCACUAACACUAGUUGAUUACAAAUACUUGUUAAGGCCUGUCUAAAUAUUGGGAUUAGAACAAAUCUUAUGGUAGAAAUGCUUCUUGGAGGUCAUCAUGAUAUAUAUAUUUUUUGAUUUUCGAAAACUUGGGAAAACAAAGUUUUGAAUCCAUUGAGCAAUAAAAUCAUUAUUUCCUAAAUUUUCAUGAACAUCUAUAAGAUGCCCCCCUUAAAAAAGUUUUCCCUACCCUUUCGAAGAAUAGAAAUAGUUUAACUAGUUGCAUAUUGUCCUGGAUAUAUUGCCACAAGGGAUAGGAUAAGAUGAGUCUUUUUAUUAUUAUUUUACUAUUUUAAAUACGGAGUAGUAAUUUUUUUUGCGUCACGGUUUUCUUUAUUUUUAUUUUAUCAUGGAAAUUGGUCUCCUGGGAAUCCAAAUGAUUUUGUGCACCCCUAGGAUUUUGAAUUUUGAUGGUUAAUGAACUUUUUUACUACCUUGACCCAAAAAAAGAACAAAAAAUUAAAAGUAGUAGUAGGCAACUAUAGCAACCAACCAAAAAUUUAAUAAUGAAAAGUGGGCCUUUCCAUUUUGAAAAUAUUGAAAAAUUGAAAGGGCUUUUUUCUUUUAAAUUAUUUUACAAGUCUCUUAGUUUGGUCAAUGGUCAAUGGUAAUUUUGCUUAAUAUGGAUAUCUAAUGAUUUAAACAUUCCAUUAGUACCUUGAGGGUGUUGUUUUAUGUAACAUUUUUCUGGGAUGAGAGUUGUGUUUUCCAGGAGAUUGAGCUCAUAUCCCCUUAAUUAUAUGACAAGGCGAUUCCAAACCACCCAGAUUUCAUCCGCUUGUCAUAUUAUUAUUUGAAUUUUUCACCAAUAAUUUUAGUGUUACAAUGUUCUAUUUCUGGCUGCUAUAUUUUAGUCCUAAUUGCUUAGUAUAUUGCAUGUGUAUACUUUGACAUAUAUACAAUAGUUUUUGGAGUAGUCGUUGAUUUUAACUAGGUUAAAUCAGUAUCAACUCCCAAGUUUUGAUUAAUGAUAUUGCCGAUGUAGCUGUUCAUUGAAAUUAAAAAUCAAAGUGUUGUUUUAAGUGCUAUACGAACUUUCUAUUAAUGAAUUGACUUCACUAUCUGGGAAAAGAAGUGCAAUUAAGAAUUUAUGUGUUAGUUGCUGGUAAUUAAGUGGACUAAGUGCUGCUGUCUCAUCAUGAAUCCCUUUGUUCAAAGUAAUAGCUCAAUUUUGUAGUUUAUUACUGUAGUUAAUUAUGAAAAAACUAAUCUAAUUAUUCAUUAGGAGAAUAUUUAUUGUUUAUUUAUCGCCAGAUAUGCAAAAAGGACACUAGUUCUUAUGAAUCUAAAAGUAAAUAUUCUAGGCUAUAUUUAGUGAGUGAUUUCUACUGCAGAAAUGUCUUCUUUUUAAAAUCAGGAGUUACCUUUAAUUAUUUGUUGUUUUAUACGAAGUACAAUUUGAACUAAAACAAACAAACAAUUUGAACUUACCUUUUACUACUCCAAUGAGUAGUUUUGUCAAACACUUCUUCUUGAAUCAAUUAAUUAACAAAAACAUUGAAAGCUUAAUGUAAACUACUCUACAACAGCUAGGUUUGCUAUACAGACCCAAACUUGAACCGGUGUUUGAGACUUGAAAGAGCACUGAGCGUACCUGUGCGAAAACCAGAUGAAGCUAGAGUUUGCUGAUGGAUUUUGUUAAUCGGUAUGGUGUAUUUGGACGGCUUGGGAUGCGAUACGAAGCUUCGUUCUAGAAGACCGGACUUGAACGGUACGGCAUUAGUGUGACUGUCUGAGCGCGCAAGAGCAUCGCAAUGGAGUAGUGGGAGUUGAUUAACUUUAAAUAGUGUUUGGGCUCCCAAUUAAUUCUCAAUUGGGCCACUAAGUCCAAAGCCCAAUGGCUCUAAACAACAACAUCAAACCUACCAAUGGCUAUUCAGCCAUCCAUUAAGGCCCAAGGCCCAAUAACAAUAAGUGACCUAUGGGCAUUUAUUAUGCAAACACUAUAAAUAGGCCGCCAAGGCUCACACCUCAAGGUACGUCCAAUUUAUCGCCUUAAGACUACUCUUCUAGAGAACUUCUCUCUAGAAUCCGAGCAUCAUUCUUACUUAGGCAUCGGAGGGGCUUUCCUCGGAAACACCCCCGAGGCCAGUGACUUUGCUCUUGUGCAGGUGAAUUCGGACUCCACUCAUUCAAACAAGCAAGAUCUUCAACACAUACAAAAGGGCCUUCAUUCGAAGCCCAUUGUUUCCAUCUUUACAACACCGGAACAAUUUGGCGCCGUCUGUGGGGAAGAACACUUCAAAGCCUUUGGAAGACAUCAACCACCUCUUUCCGCGAAAAUGGUGAAUGAUGUUGUUAACAAUGACGACGAUAUGAUGGUGCGGUCAGAUUCAGAAUCUGACCAAGAGGGGCACCCUCAAUCGAUGGCGAGGUCACAGCCAAGCAGAGCUACGACCGCCACAAAUGCAGGACCUCCGAUUCCAACUAGGGAAGAGCUCACUGCGGCCAUGACCAUCAUGCAAAACUUCCUCUUCAAUGAGAAGCAGCAAGGACUGGCAAACGACCGCAGAGAAGAGAGGAGGACCAGGCGAAGGCUGAACGAGCCACCCAGUGCGGAAGUGUCCAGACCCGAACGAGAACUCCUUCCCUUGACAGGAACACACUUGACGUCGAGGUGGACGGAAAGCACGUGGGACACCCAAAAAAGGGCACAACAGCAACCAGAUUGGUUUGCGAGACCAUCGCCUACUCCAACAGCUCUCCAAAGCGAAUCAACUACUCGUAACACUCGGAUCCGAAGCUCGGUGCUCAGCAGGUUGAGGCCCUCGGUCCACUCAAGGUUAAGACCUUCGAUCCACACGAGACUCGGGGUAGGUGAGUCGAGCAGAUCUGGCGAACGACCCGAGGUCAGUAGCCGAGAAAGAAGAAGAGACAGGAGGCAUGAUCGAACCCCUAGCCCCCAUCGUACGCCCGAACGUUCUAAUCAUAGAACCUCGGCAAACGAAGGCAUCAGGGCUAGACUCGGGAAAAGAAUCAUGACUCCUACGUCAUCCCCUUUCUCGGACGAGCUGAUUAUGGAAGAAAUACCGAAGGUAAGACUGCCAGCUCACCUAACCUACAGCGGAAUCACAGAUCCGAGGGAUCAUGUCAUCUCCUACGAGCAGCAAAUGUUCUUGAGUCCCUACUCCGAAGCAUGCUGGUGUAAAUACUUCCCAACCACGCUAACCGGAGUGGCGGGAGAGUGGUUUAGAUCGCUGCCGAAGGGAUCGAUCAAGAGCUGGAAAAAGCUGAAAAAGAGAUUCUGCACACAGUUCGUGAGCAACAAUCGCCCCGAGCGAACCACAGCAGAACUGACCUCAAUCCAACAAGAAAGAGACGAAAGUCUGAGAGAAUUCAUGGCCAGAUUCAUGAAGGAAUCAACAAACAUACCAAACUUGCAGCCAGACGUGGCCAUCUUCGCCUUGAAGCACGCGCUCCAGGAAGGGAAGUUCCGUGACGAACUCUCAAUGAAGAACCCCUCCAGAAUAGCUGACGUGCUCCAAAUGGCUGACGCGUUCAUCAGAACCGAGGAGUUCAACAAGGCCGCUGCAAGACUGAAAGGAUCGUCGGAUCCGAGAGACACAAAGAAUACCCAGAGCAAGCCCGAGGGUAGCUCAAGGAAGGGGAAAGAGAAAGUAGGAGCUAGAGAGAUGAGCCCGAAGAAAGACGGGAGAAGGGGUGAACUUCAACCCAAGUACACCAACUACACUCCACUAGCUCUGCCCCGAAAGGAGAUAUUCAGCCUCAACAGAAAUGACGAAAAGUGGAAACUACCUGGGAAGCUCAAGUCCAACCCAGCUCGGAGAAACAAGAACAAAUGGUGCGAGUUCCAUGAUGACUUCGGUCACCAUACCGAAGAAUGCAACUCGCUGAAAGACAACAUUGAGGACCUCGUUCGCCGAGGCUACCUGAAACAGUACUUGUUAGACCGAAGGGAGGAAAAAGAAAAGGCCGCAAGCGGCAAACAACACGAGCAACCCCAGAAAAGGGUCUACGAAGCAACAGGGCACAAGAAAAAUGACAUCCUAGUGGUGUUCGGGGGACAGAAGUCCGGCCAGGCCAGCAAAAAACACCUAAGAGCCCUCUCCCAUCGGGUCAACUUCAGCGCGGUGGGAGACAACCAGCCACACCCCCCGAACAUGACCUUCACUGCUGAUGAUUGCUUCGGAGUCCAGUACAAGCAUGAUGAUCCUCUGGUCAUCUCCAUGGACCUCAAUAACCACAACGUACAUCGAGUAUUAGUCGACGGAGGAAGUGCCGUCAAUAUCAUCUUCAGAAACUGCUUCGAGCAGCUGAUCCUCGAAGAGCCAGAGGAAGCACUGACGAAAGUCAGUUAUCCUCUGAUCGGAUUCAACGGAUCCGCAGCUAUCCCUCGAGGAAAGAUCACCCUGCCAGUCACAGUGGGCGAAGGCCAGGCAGCAAAAACCCUUCGGGACGAAUUUUUGGUGAUGGACUGCGACUCCGUAUACAACGUAAUCAUGGGGAGAACCAUGAUUCACAAGAUGCAAGCAGUCCCCUCCACAUACCACCAGCUGAUGAUAUACGUCUCGGAUGCAGGAUUCGCCGAACGAAUCAGGGGUGAUCAAGAAGUGGCGAGAAGAACCUGCCACACUGCUGUCCGAAAGCCCAAACUAGAGGACGGCCCCGAGGAAGAAAAAGGAGCUAAGGGAGAAGAAAGCGAGGCAAAAAGAAGAAGAGCAAGCACGAGCAGCUUGUCUCCCGCAGAAGUUGAUGCUCGCCCCGAAACCCUAUCUCCCGAACCAGAUCAAGAAAUGGAGGAUAUCUUCCUCGAAGAUAAUUCAGACAGGAGCGUCCGAAUAGGCAAGGGCCUAAGCUCGGGGCUCCGAAUCGAUUUGAUCCGACUACUCAGGGAUCACAAAGACAUCUUCGCAUGGUCAGCAGCAGAUAUGCCAGGGAUAAAUCCGAAGCUGAUUUGUCACAAGCUGGAUGUCAACGCUGAAGCUCGGCCAAUCAAGCAAAAAAAGAGAAAUUACUCCUCGGAGAAAAGCAAAGCCAUCGCCGAGGAGGUUAAAAAGUUGCAAGAGGCCGGAUUCAUCGAACCAUGCAUGUAUCCGAAGUGGCUGGCCAACGUGGUGAUGGUCAAGAAAGCGAACGGCUCAUGGCGAAUGUGCGUAGAUUUCACAGAUCUGAACCGAGCCUGCCCCAAAGACUGCUAUCCCCUGCCAAGGAUAGAUCAACUGGUUGACUCCACCAGCGGCCAUGCACUGCUCAGCUUCAUGGAUGCCUUUUCAGGCUACCACCAAGUAUUCAUGCACCCCGAUGACAGGGCAAAGACAGCGUUCAUCACAAGCGCAGGAGUGUUCAACUACAAAAUGAUGCCUUUCGGCUUAAAAAAUGCCGGAGCCACCUACCAGAGGUUAGUUGACCACGUCUUCGCCGACCAGAAAGGGAGGAACGUGGAGGUUUACGUGGAUGACUCCAUCGUAAAAAGCAUCAAGGAGGAAGACCAUGUCAAAGACUUGGCAGAGACCUUCGGAAAUCUGAGGAAAUACAGCAUGAAGCUGAACCCAAAAAAAUGCGUCUUCGGGGUGAAGUCAGGGAAAUUCCUCGGAUUCAUGGUGAGCGAAAGAGGAAUUGAUGCGAACCCAGACAAAGUCCAAGCGGCAUUGGAUUUACCCGAGCCGAAGACCAAGAGAGAUGUGCAGAGGCUAACCGGCAGGUUAGCCGCACUAACAAGGUUCAUAUCAAAAGCCUCGGACAAGGGAGCCCCCUUCUUCAAGGCACUGAAACCAAAGAACCUCCCCGGAGGAGAAGCAGAACCAGUCAAGAAAAAGGGGGUCCCGAGGAAAGUGGAUCCCGAACUGAUAUGGGAACAGGAGCAAAAAGAAGCUUUUCAGCAACUCAGAGCCCACCUAGCUCAACUGCCGACACUGGCCAGACCAAAGGAGGGGGAAACCCUGUACCUAUAUGUCGCAGUUAGCCCUGGAACCGUCAGCGCAGUGCUUCUUCGGGAAGAAGAAAAGAAGCAACAGCCAAUCUACUUCACCAGCCGAACACUUACAGGAGCCGAAACCCGGUACCCACUCAUCGAGAAAGUCGCAUAUGCAGUAGUGGUAGCUGCACGAAAACUGAGGCCAUACUUCGACUCCCACCAGAUCACAGUGCUAACUGACCAACCGCUCGAAAAAGUACUCGACAAAAUAGAGAGGUCAGGAAGAUUGGCUGCCUGGGCCUUCGAACUAUCAGAGUUCGGCAUCAAAUAUCAGCCGAGGACAGCAAUCAAAGCACAAGCAUUGGCAGACUUCUUGGCCGAGUGCUCAUACCAGGAAAUGUUGGAUGAUACGAAAAGCACUUGGGAGGUCUUCACUGACGGAUCUUCCACAGUAAACGGCUCAGGGGCAGGAGUUGUACUAAUCCCCCCGACGGGGAAAAGCAUAGAGUAUGCAUUGAAGUUCGGCUUCAAAGCAACCAACAACGAGGCCGAAUACGAGGCCGCAAUCGCAGGGAUAGAGCUUUGUUUAUCCCUGGAGGCCGAACAUGUUCGCCUCAAAACUGAUUCCCAGCUUGUAGCCAACCAGAUCCGAGGAGAGUAUGAGGCCAAAUGGCCCAGCAUGACAGCCUAUUUAGCAAAGAUUAAAUCCUUAACGUCAAAGUUAAGAUCCUUUGAAGUCAUCCUCAUUCCCCGAGGACAGAACGCGCAAGCAGACGCACUGUCAAAACUCGCAAGCUCGACACUCAUCGACCUAAACAGGUCGGUCCACGUGGAAGUUCACCAGGAGAGAAGCAUCGACUUGCUACCCACCACAGUAUGCAGCUUACGCACCGAACCGAGCUGGAUGGACGCAGUAGUUGCAUACAAAGAAAGGGGAGAACUUCCUGAAGAUAAGCUGCAAGCGAGAAAACUGAAAAGAUUCAACAGAUGGUUCAUCAUCAGCGCCGAAGGAGAGCUCAUGAGGAAAUCAUUCUCUGCUCCGCUGCUAAAAUGUGUGGGUCCAACAGACGCUGACUACAUCCUAAGGGAAAUCCACCUCGGGAUAUGCGGAAACCACAUUGGAGGUAGGACAUUAGCACAUAAAGCCCUUCGGGCUGGGUACUGGUGGCCCACUAUGGUUUCCGAGGCAAAGCAGAUGGCAAGGAAAUGCGAGAAAUGCCAAAAGUUCGCACCAGCCAUCCAUCAACCAGCUCAAGCCCUACAAUCAACACUGUAUCCCUUACCAUUCGCACAGUGGGGGUUAGACAUCAUUGGUCCCUUCCCCUCAGCGACGAACCAGAAGAAGUGGUUGAUUGUAGGAGUCGACUAUUUUAGCAAAUGGAUCGAAGCCGAAGCUGUCUCCUCCAUCACCGAACCUCAGGUCCGCAAGUUCAUAUGGCAGAACAUCAUCACAAGGUUCGGCAUACCAAGACUGAUGGUCUUCGACCACGGGAAACAGUUCGACAACACCCCGUUGCAAAAGUGGUGCAAACAGUUCGGCAUACACCUAGCAUACUCGGCAGUCUGUCACCCACAAAGCAACGGGCAAGCCGAAGCCGCUAACAAACUCAUCCUCAACGCACUCAAGAAAAGAGUCGAGGAUGACAAAAACAAAUGGUUAGAAGAGCUACCCGGAACGCUAUGGUCCCUUCGGACCACUGAAAAAGAAGCUACCGGACAAACACCGUUCCACCUUGUAUACGGAUCCGAAGCUGUAAUUCCUGUGGAAAUCGGAACAGAAAGCCUGAGGAUCCAGGCAUACAACAGGUAUGAUGGGCUCCAAGGAGAAAGCAACAACCAGCUUCUAUCCGAAGCUCUCGAUCUACUGGAUGAAGCUCGGAACGAUGCAAGGACACUCAACGCAGCCUAUUUGCAGAGGGUCAACAAGCAUUACAACCGAAGAGUCAACGCCAGACCCCUAAAAGUCGGUGAUCUAGUACUCAGAAACGCCGCCUCGGUUCAGAAAGGACGGAUCCAUGGCAAACUCUCAGCCACUUGGGAAGGACCAUACAUCAUCCAUUCCGAAAAAAGGCCAGGCACGUAUAUGCUGAAACAGUUAGAUGGAACAAUUCUGAAGAACCAUUGGAAUACCGAUGUUCUCAAGAAAUAUUUUGUAUGAUCUCUGUCUGUAAACCAAGUAAGUUGUUUAAUGAGAAGAGGAAAGCCAUUGGCACCAUGUGUUUCAUUAAACUUAUCUCUACAUUUAUUGUCCCUUUAUAUAUAUAUGCAGCCUCGGAUCUGAUCAAUCCGAGACCAAAAAUAGGUUGACUUUGCCCAUUCCUUGAUAAAAUGCAAGAAAUGACCAAAUCAUACACUUCAGGGAACCGUCCAGAAUCCUCGGAUUCGCGGUACCCUAAUAAAAUUUGUUCGCAACAAACAGUCGCUCGAAUCAAGUUAUAAAACUCCGGCUCAGAUCCACGGAUCGC